AUGCCGUACAAGCAGGAGAGGAAAAUGAGUCCAAAAAUUACUUAUGCGAUAGACUACAAGGGACAACCAGUUGACAAGACGAGAACUGGAGGAUGGUUGUCUGCUGCUUUAAUCCUAGUUAUUGAGGCAUGCGAGAGGUUCACAACAAUGAGCAUUUCUGGCAAUCUCAUCACUUAUUUGACGGGGACAUUGUAUCUUCCUAGUUCAACUGCGGCCAAUAUCGUAUCAAACUUUGGUGGCUCAGCAUUUCUGUUGUGUUUGUUUGGUGGUUUCGUGGCGGAUAGUUUCUUAGGCCGGUAUUGGACAAUUGUCAUUGCUGCACUGAUCAUGGCACUCGGUUCUGCCCUUUUAUCAGUGGCAUGUGCAAUGCCAGGACUACGCCCACCCCCAUGCAACGUUAACAAUGGUACAUGUAUAGAAGCCAAUGGAUUCCAAGUUGGAAUUAUAAAUGUUGCUCUAUACGCGAUCGCAUUGGGAGAAGGAGGAGUUAAAGCAAAUGUAUCAGGAUUUGGAACUGAUCAAUUCGAUGAAAAGGAUAAGAAGGAAAAAUCUACGAUGGAUUAUUUUUUCCAUAGAUUCUAUUUUGUUAUCAGCCUUGGAACUUUACUUGGUGCAUCAGUGGCAAUCUAUGUACAAGACAAUGUCAGCCGAAGCUGGGGAUACGGCCUUUGCUGUUUCGCAUUCUUUUUUGGAACAAUUUUUUAUUUGUUACGGACUAGAAGAUACAGGUACAAAAAAUGUGUGGGAAGCCCCAUUGUUCAGGUUCUCACUGUUUUGGUUGCUGCUAUACGGAAGAGGAAACACAAAUGUCCUAACAACGUUGAUACCUUAUAUGAUGAUACUACUGAGAUUGCUCCAAGAAUCCAUCACACAGACCAACUUCGUUGGUUGGACAAGGCUGCAAUCAUUGACGAAGAUGACUAUGGGACUAAUGGUUCGGUGAUUAGAAACCGUUGGAAGCUAUGUACUGUCACAAAGAUAGAGGAGGUGAAAAUGGUGGUUAGACUAAUGCCAAUAUGGGCCUCCACAAUCUAUUUCUGGUGUAUUCAUACACAGGUGCUCACUUUUUCUGUGGAGCAAGCUGCAACAAUGGAUAGUAAAAUUGGGAACUUUCAAAUCCCAGCAGGCUCUUUCAGUACCUUCUAUAUUUUGGGUAUAUUGAUUGGUUCUGCUUUCUACGACCGGGUAAUCAUUCCCUUGAUGAAGAGGUGGAAAGGGAAACAUGGUUUCACCAACUUACAAAGAAUAGCCAUUGGUAUGGUCUUUUCAAUUGCGGCUAUGGCAGUUGCUUCAAUAGUGGAGACAAGACGGCUAUCCGUGGUUAGAAUUGUGGGUGGCAAUGUCAAAACUUUGCCUCUCAAAUUCUAUAUUUUGAUCCCGCAAUACUUCCUUGUUGGCUUGGGAGAAGCAUUCACGUAUAGCGGUCAACUUGACUUCUUCAUAACAAGAUCUCCAAAAGGGAUGAAGUCGAUGAGCACUGGGCUUUUCCUUUCGACUAUUGGACUUGGGUUUUUUUUCAGUUCCUUCUUGGUGUCCAUUAUCAACAAGGUGACGGGAACCCAAGUUGGUAGUGGAUGGCUAACCAGUAAUAUAAAUUAUGGGAAACUAUACUAUUACUACGCUCUUCUGGCUUUGAUAAGCUUCAUAAACUUGAUAUUCUAUCUUCUUUGUGCUAUAUGGUAUGUAAGGACAAUGAAAGAUGUCGCACAAAUAGAGAGCAUCGUUACAAGUUCUGAAGAGGAGGAGAAACAAGCCAUGCCCAUGCAGAUGAAGGGAACCCUUACAGCUUCUGCAGAGGAAGAUUGUGAAUGA